UCUAGAUGAUGCAAUGAAAGUUCAACGAAGAAAUACCUACUCGGCGGAGACUUCCCGCAACCACCUCAUUCCCGCGCCAAUUACCAGUCCUCAAUUCUUUAGUUUAAUGGCGGCAGUUUUCCAAAGUCAACUAACCAAAGUCUUCUUCCCGCCGUAUUUGAAGGCAGAGAAUGUUGCGAUUAUGCAGACAGAUACAACAUUUUCAGCUGAAUUGGAAUCUCAAAACCAUGUCAAGCAAAUCACUAGCCGGCGAAGAAGCUGCAACUCGGCGGCGGCGGCCCGCUGCCAUCGAAGCCGAUGAGAAGGUGUACGUAGCUGUCGGUAAGGUCGUGAAGGAGAGCAAGUCGGUGCUGACAUGGACGCUGCAGAACAAUUCUGCCGGAAAGAAGAUCUGCAUCAUUCUUGUUCACCAACCAUCCAACAAGCUCCCUCUCUUUGGUGGGAUUCAAGAGGCGGAAACCCGGAAGCGCCAUGAGAAGGAAAGGAGUGCUGCUCAUAAGAUUCUGGAUGACUACAUCUCAAUAUGUCAGAAAAUGGGGUUUCGAGCCGAGAAAUUGAUGGUCGAGAACGAUUCGAUAGCGAAGGGGAUUCUGGAGAUCAUUUCUAGCUAUGGUGUUAGAAACCUUGUUAUGGGAGCAGCAUCUGAUAGUAGAUAUUCAAGGAACAUGAUGGAGGUCAAGUCGAGGAAGGCGAUAUCAGUGCGCGGCCAAAUUAUUUCCAUUUUAAAAUUAGGUUUUCCAAUCCUGAGUGCAGUCGAAUCCUUCUGUUCCGUUUGCCGAUCUCUGUGUGCUGGUUGCGAGUUCAUCGUCGUUCAACUGCUGUCUCUGGGUUUCGUCCAUCCGUUCGACCAAGAACAAACAGGGGAGAAGCAUAGGAAAAGAAGAGGUAUCGGCAAUUGCAUAUUCUCCCACAAGAUGAGCAAUGUCGAUGAAGGUGUCUCCUCCGAACUCAAUGAUGAAAACCAACAAAGAAAAGAAAAGAUUUAUCUCCCCAUAUGCGAGCAUGAACAUUGGUACUUGGCCAUUGUUAACAUGGAAAUCAAGGAGGUAUAUCUGCUUGAUAGUUAUGCUCUAAAGGACGAUUCUCCCCGUAAAGAAAAGAUAAGGCAGAUACCCAACUUCAAUUUCCCGCAAGAACAGCCGACCACGCUUUUCAGAUCCCGGUCGGCCGUUCACCGGCGGAGCGGAUUGCUACAGCUGGCCACUGAUUCGCUCUCGGAAGUGAACGGUGGCUGCUACGGUGGUGGUGGAGGCGGCAGAGUAUCGUGUUCCACUACAACGAUCACGGACGAAAACGACGGGAAUCCAUCGACUCCGCGAGACACGUCGGCCGAAUUCAACGGGAGCGAGUCGAGGAGCCCUCGGAGCUCCGUCCUGUCGCUGUCUUCCUCCGGCGGGAUCGCCGUCGGCAGCGUGGGUGCUAAUAGUAAUUUCUCCAGGUUCCUAGCGCCGGUGGGAAUGGAGUUGAUGAACUCGGAUUCCGUUUCCAAACACGAUGAACCGAAUGGUGGUGGUGACCAUCUGAAGCGAGCCGUGGGAGAUCCGUCGACGUUGUCAUCAGGGAAUUCGAGGCGGGAAUCGCUGGACGACGCAGCCAAAGCACUGGAGAACCUGCUUUCGGAGGAGUUGAAGCGGAGGAAGGAAACGGAGGCUAUCCUCGCAAAAGAGAAGGAGGAACUUCGGGUUGCCUUGGAGCAGAAGAACAGGCUGGACAGACAAAUGGCGGAUUACUAUCAAAUGGUGAAAGAGCUGGAGCAGAAGAUCAUCUCCGCCGUGGAACUCAUGAAGCAUUACAAGCAAGAACGAGACGAACUGCAGAUCGAGCAUGACAACCUGACAAAGGAGGCAGAGGAGCUGAAGAGAGCCAGAGCAGAGCAGGCUUCCACUUCGGCAGCAGAACCACCACCCACGACCCAAUUGUCGCCUCUGUUCACCGAAUCGGAAAUCGAGGAAGCCACCGACAAUUUUUCCGAAUCGGUCAAGAUCGGAGAAGGCGGAUUCGGCAAGAUUUACAAAGCCGAGCUCCGAUACACCCAGGUCGCCAUCAAGUUGCUCGACCCAAACGGCCUGCAGGGCCCCGCCGAGUUUCACAAGGAGGUGGAUAUCCUGAGCAAAAUGAGACACCCAAAUCUGGUGACUCUGAUCGGAGCCUGCCCUGAAUCGUACGCUCUGAUUUACGAGUACUUACCCAACGGAAGCCUGGAAGACCGGUUGAACCGCAAGGGCGAUUCGACGGCGCUGCCGUGGCGAAUCCGGCUCCGAAUCGCCGCCGAGAUCUGCUCCGUCCUGAUCUUCCUCCACUCCUGCAAACCGCAGAGCAUAGUCCACGGCGACGUCAAGCCGUCCAACAUCCUCCUGGACGCCAAUUUCGUCAGCAAGCUGAGCGACUUCGGAAUCGCCCGCUGGCUACACAAUAAAGAAGGGUCGAGCGCGAACCGAACCGUUUUCUGGCGGACCGACCCGAAGGGGACUCUGGCGUACAUAGAUCCGGAGUUCUUCGGCACCGGGAAGCUGACGGCGAAGUCCGAUGUUUACUCGUUUGGGGUAAUUCUGCUGCGGCUGCUGACGGGGAGGCCUGCCGUCGGUUUGCCGACAGAGGUGCAGUGCGCGUUGAGCGACGGGCACCUGGAGGAGAUUUUGGAUCCGUCGGCCGGGGAAUGGCCGCUGCGGCGAGCGGAAGAGCUGGCGAAGAUGGCGCUGAGGUGUUGCGAGCUGAACCGGCAGAGCCGGCCGGAUCUUGCGGCGGAGGUGUGGGGAGUGCUGAAGCUCUUUUUUUUUUUGGACGACAGAGAACGGUGAAGUUGCUCCAGAGUUAAAUGCAAUGAAUGAGGUAAUGGCCGUCGAGGAUCCGCCGCCGUGGGAGUGAGACUACGGGUAAUUAGCAUAAAUGGUCACAAACCUUUACACUUAGUACAAAACAGUCAUAAACCUUUAAUUUGUAACCAUUUAGUAACAAAACUUUUUUACUUAGAACAAAACGGUCACAAAUUAAACAGUGUGACCAUUUCAUACCAGUUCAAACUUUUGUUACCGUGUCGUUGCAAAUUAGACUUUUGGUGACCGUUUUGUACAAAUUAAGUUCAAAAGUUUGAACGCUCAAUCACCGUUACAAUUCACUCUAGUUGUAUGGUGGUUUUGUUAAUGUAAGUGAAUGAUAUUAUGUUGUUUAGGAUGACAAUGAGAGAACUCAAUGGCUCACAAACGGGUUCCAGACGGC